AUGGCAAAAAUAUCUAGCUGGAUAAAAAAACAAAGGGGAUUUGAUAAGGAGAAAAUAAAAGAGAAUUAUAAAAAUGAAGAAUAUGUAGAUAUAGAUAUAUUUAGCAUAUCCAACAAAUCUGGAGAUAGUAGCACAGAAAAUAAUAGUGAUUGUAAUAGUAUCAUAGAAGAGAAUACUAUCAAUAUAGAGGAUAUAAGCAAGAAAGGAGAUAAUAAAAUGAAAAGUAAUAAAUAUAAUAAAGAAAAUGAAAAUAAAAAUAAUAAUGAACAUCACGAAUCGGAGAAGUGUUCUAUUCAUAAGAAUAAAUACAACCAAUCAUAUAAAUGUAUUUUAAACAUAUUUGAAGAUAAUGAACAAUUAGGGAAUCAAAAUAAAAUAGAAAGUAAUAUAAAUAAACAAAUAAUUGCAUAUAACAAAAGAAAUAUAAAAAAUAAUAUAAAUAAUAUACUGUUAUCAAAAAAAUCACAUAUUUUUCAUAAUAUUAAAAUAUUAGUACCAUCAAUAGGUGAAAAAGAUAUGUUGAAUGACAAAUGUGUAGAUAAAUAUGUAGACAUUAAACAAGUAAAAGAAGAAGAAGAAGAAGAAAAUAUAAAAAAAGAAGUUGAAGAAAAAAAUAUAAAUAAUAAUAUCAACAUAGAUAUCAAUAUGAAUGAUAAUAAUUAUUGUAAUUGUAUCAAUUAUAAUAUGGACAAUUUAGAUGGUUAUUCCAUUAGUAAGAAUUUAUUUGAAGAUAUAUAUUCAGAUACAUCACCAAAUAAAAAACUAAUAAAUGAUAAUAUCCACAUAGAAGAAGACUAUUACGAACGUGAUAGGACAUCCACAAAUUAUAAUAAUAUAUUGAAUAUUUAUAAGGAUGAUAAAAAUAAAACACAAAAAAAGAUAGAAAAUGCUCUAAACAAUAUUUAUAUAAAUUUUGAUGUGUAUGAAAAUAAAAUGAAAAAAAUAGAUAGAAGGAAGAAAAAAAAAAAAAAAAAAAAAAAUGAUAUAAAUGUAAAUGUAAAAGAUAUGAUUAAAUAUACCAAUAAUAAUGAUAUAAAAAAUGACAAAUAUUAUGACAGUAAUAAAGAUGAAAUAAAUAUACUAAUAAAAGAUAUUAUAAAUAAAAAACGUGAUAUUUUAUAUGUAAAGAAUAAACUAAUAAAAGAUAUUUCUACAAUUGAAAAAAAUCUAUUCAUGUCUGACUUCUACAAUGAUAUUUGUGGAUGUAUAAAUAAUUUAAAUAAUAUGAAAAUAAAGAAAGCUUUUUUUAUUUUACAAGAUUUAUUUAUAAAAAAAUAUAGUUGCAGUAAAAGAAAACGAAAGUUAUUCUUAAGAAAUAUAUUUAUAAGUGAAAUUUUAUAUAGAUAUAAAAUAAUCAGAAAAACAGAAAUAAUAUUUAAUAUGAACAAUGAAACCUUUUGUGAUAAUUAUAUGAAAUAUUCUAUAAUAUCUAAAAGACUCUAUAAAAAUUAUACCUUUGAUUAUAUUAUCGAUUUAAUAGAUGUUAAUGGUAAAAUAUGUUUUAUGAAAUAUAUAAGUUGUUUAAAUAAAAUUAAUCAUUAUUUUAAAAAUAUAAAAUUAAAAUCUAUAGAUAUUCUAAACAGUUCAUUUUUAGAAAAUAAUUUUUCAAGUUUUGAAAGUGUUCAUUCAAUGAGAAGUCAAGAAUUUAGUGAGGAUGAAAAGGAAAAAAAAAAAUAUAUAUACUCAAAAAAUAAUAGAAAAAACAAAAGUAAAAACAAAAAAAAAAUAAAAAAAAAUAAAAAAACGAAAAAAAGUCAUAGUAUAUGUGAUAAAUGUAUAUCAAACGUAUAUAUAGACUUUUCUCAUUUUAAUCUUGCUUAUGAGGAUGAAGAUAAUGAAGUUUUUUAUUACGUCACAAAAAAGGAAUAUACUCUAUUGAAGAGGAGUAGUUCAAGCCAUUCUUAUUAUAUAAACAAAGAGGAAAUGAAAGAAGAAAAAAAAAAAAAAGUUGUGCAUGUAGAAGAUAUUAAUAUAACACAUAUAAAUAUAGAACAUGAACCUAUAAAAGUAGACCAUAAAAAAUAUUAUGAAGAAGAACAAUAUAAAGAAAUAAAUAAAAAUAAAAAUAAAAAUAAAAAAAAUCUUUUAUAUACAAAUAAAAAAUCACAUAGUAUAGAACAAAAUGAACAUAAUAUGUCUUUAGAUAAAUGUGAUGAAAAAAGUGAUUUUAAUACAGUUAUAUAUUUUUAUGUUAAUUUAUUAAUACCAUCAAAUUUUAUAUAUAUUAUAGCAUCAUUGAUUGAAACAACAUUAUUUAAAUCUUGGAUUCCCUUUUAUUCCUUUCCAUUCAAAUUUGGCAUCACUGAUUGUAAAUUAUUAAAAGAAAGAGGUUUAAUAGAUAAAAUGGUAUAUACUAAAAUAGCUAUGCCGUGGAUAAUUAGGGAUAGAUAUUUAUUAAUGGAUGUAUGGAUAUGUGAAGAUUUUGAAUACUCAAAGGGUAUAUUUUUAUAUGCUACAAAUUUCCCAAGAAAUAGCGAAAUAAAUAAUAAUGUCAGUUUUGAUACUGAUAAUUGUAUUGAAAUUGACAUGAGCAUCCAUGCUUUCAUAUGUCCUAAAUGUUCUGAACAAACUUAUGUUAAGUGUUAUGUUGAAAUAUCACCUAACAUGAAUUUCAAUGAAUUUUUUAUUUCAUUUAUAACAAAAGUUUUUAUUAAAAGUUGCAUAACACAUUUUAUUAAAGUAUGUAAAGAAUUUGAGAUAAAUGAAGAGUAUAAUAAGGAGUUACAGAAAAAUAUUUUCUUUUACGACAAAUUGAGAAAAGCAGCAAAGGAGAAUAAAAUUUAUUGA